CGGGUGGUGUGGGUUGUCAUUGAGGUUGAAAGAGGUCGGACCAGGAAAGGAUCACACCAAACCUCACACCAGGCACCGCAAGGACACAGAGACACACACCAUAUCCCCGUAGCAAACGUACGUCGAUUCAGCAUAGCCCAAAGGAGCAAGGACUGGUUGCAUUCCCACGCCGGCCGUUGAGUGUAUGAAACACCAUCACCAAACAGGACGCGUCCAUAUUCGACAUCACAGAUCGAUCAACAACGAAAGAUGAAGUAGUUACAAGUCAAAAGCGAAAGGUCACGAGUAACAGGUGCAGGCGAUAUAUUGCAGAUACGGCAAUAUGGUGCAAGAGGAAGUAAGCGAUCCAGCGUCGGACGGCGAUGCUCUUCCAUCUCCACCAAUAGUAGCAGCCAUCCCACCAGAAGUGUCACAGUCACCAUCAGCCCACGGCACACCAACCCCUCCACCAACCCUCCUCAACGCCCUCCUCGACACCUCCGUGCUCACCUCCCUCGCUUUCCAUUCCACCCUCCACAUCCUAACCCACCACGCCCUCACCCGGCACCCCCGCUUUACCACCCACCCCCGAUUGUCCCUGCACCUCCUCGCCGAAAAGCUUCCGUCAACCCUCAACGCGCUCCACCAAUCCCUCGGGGCCUUACACCUCCUGCUCCUCACCCGGCCAUGGCGACAUGACAUAAUCAACCCGUACCCACCCACCCUCGACAGAUUACUUGCCAGUCACGUCGGGUUUACCCUGUACGAUUGCGUAGUGAUGGGGUAUGUGGGCGGGCAACACGCCAGUUCGUGGGUGCAUCAUGUGCUCGGGAUCGUUGGCGCAGGAUUGAUGCGGUGGUAUCGACGGGCGAGUUAUUUUCCGACCGUAUUUUUGGCACCGGAGGUUACGGUUGUGGCGACGAAUGUGUUGUGGAUUUUGGGGAGGUGCGGGGUGGGUGAGGGGGAGAGGGGUGUGGUGCUGUGGACGUGGAUUAGGGCGGGCUUGUUUUGUGCGGUGAGGGGACCGGCGGGGUUGGUGGGGUUGUGGUAUGCGUUGAGGGUGGCGGGGAAGCAGAAGGCUGAGCUUGAGGCGAAGGAGGGAAAGGAGCUGGGAUCGGCAUCGCGGGCCAGUGCAGCGGCGUCUUUGUACCGGCAGUUGCGAACGUUACCGGCUGUCGUGUGGGUGCUGACCCUUGUCAACGUGUUCACGUUCACGGGCUUGAACAGCUACUGGACGGUCUUGGUUAUCCGAAGCCUCCUCCGAACGAGACUGGCCGUCUCGCAUAUUCACCACAUUUGAGGCCUUGUUCCUAGCCCGACUUCAAACGGAUGCGACUCACUUUCCACUCUAUCAUCGAUUGACACACCCAGGACAGUUAUGCAGCACAUCAUGCACAUAGACAUCGCAAUCCCAACAAAACACCCCCUUACACUUGCCGCACUCGAACCUUCCACUAUUAGCCUCCCCGCUCGCCGCCCCAUCACCCUGUCGCGUUGGUAUCUCCGAACUCCGCCUCUCCGGCCCCGAAAACUGCGGCGG